CUCUCCUUUCCAAAAUUCCCCAAAUCCAAAAUCACCCCGCCACGGCCAUCCUCUCUUCUUCUUCUUCUUCCUCCGGCUCCUCCUCGAUUCACCAUGCGCCGAUGGAUGCUGAUCUCGCUCCGUUUCCUCUCCCUCCUCCUCGCCGAGGCGACUUGUUUCUGGCCCAUCUUCCUCUAUGCUCCUCCCCACAUGACCGCCCUCGACCUCGCCACGCUCGUCCUGGUGCUUGCAGUAGACGCGGUGGUGACGCGUCUGCUGCGCCGCCGUUAGACGGCGGAGAAGGAACCGGCGACUGGCGCUGCGUUCUCCGGCGCUUGUCGCCGGUCUGGUCCCUGGACGCCGAGGAGCGGGUCCAGGGCUGCUCCAUUCUGCCCGUCAAGGGUUUGACCUGCUUGAUGCAAAUUUCAACAAGAACAGAGGACUUCAUUAUUGAUACCCUUAAGCUACGCAUAAUAAUCGGUCCCUACUUGACAGAACAUUUUAAAGAUCCAACCAAGAGAAAGAUAAUGCACGGGGCAGAUCGUGAUAUAAUGUGGCUCCAACGGGACUUCCGACUAUAUGUGUGCAAUCUUUUUGACACAGGACAGGUUCAAGAGUGCAGUAAUGAAAUUUGCUUACAGUUGUAUGAAAAGGAGCAGCUGACAGAUCAAUCUUAUCUCCACAUAUACGGGAUGCAGGAACAUGAAUCAGAGGCAAUAGCUGAGCAAUUAAAGAAGGUCCAGCUUGGGCAGGAGACUUAUGGAGCUCUGGUAGCCAAUCCAAUACCUGUCAUGCAGACACCUGUCAUGCAGACAGGUUACUUUGGAGGAUAUUCAAAUGAGCAGGCUCAAAGCGAUGUUGAGUCUUCAGCUUAUUACUACACCCAGUUUCCAGAAUAUAGCAGUUCUGGUGGGUGGAGCCCUCAGGAGCUUCAGGGCAUACCGACCUCUGGCGGCCAUCAACCAUCGAUAAACCAGAGCCGUACAGGAACAGGUGAGGCUGCUGCUAGAAAUAAUGCAGGGGGUUUCCAGGACUGGAGGAAGCAACAGUCUUCACCUUUUCCGGGGCAACCCAAGUGAUACUGCUCCGCCUAUAACUGUGGCACAUAAACCCCGCUGAUUCAUCGUCCUGUUGUGCAGAAAGUAGUUAUAGAAAACUGAGGCGGUUGGUUUUCGGGACUAACAGAAAUGCGAGAAUAGCCUGUAACCAUUUGAGUCGUUGAGUGUAUGUAGAUGCAGGACAUGGAAGCUGUCAUCUGAAUUGCUUGUGUCUGUAUGUAACAACUGAGACAUGGUGUGCUGUGCCAUGGUGGAUACUGAACUUGCACAGGUGGUAUACUGUAAAACUGGUACAGAUAGCAGAGGUUAAAGAGAAACCAAAACUUUAGAUACUGAAA